GCAGCUGCAGGGAAAAGAGGGGGGCAGGGUGAGGUUGUGCCAGAAAGAGGGGGACAGCAGGGGAAUUACAGAAAGGGGAAUUUCAGGCAGAAAAAGUGAAAGGCCAUAAAUAGGAAUCAGCUGCAGGCCUCACAUUCCCAGCCUCACAUCACUCUCACCCUUGCAUCCCAGUGGCCCUGCAGCCUCACACAGAUCCUGCACACCAGAGACCACUGGUGCUCACACAUUUGCUGUUGGCCUGCCUCUGUUCACCCUCCAUGGCCCUGCUACUGGCCCUCAGCCUGCUGGUUCUCUGGACUUCCCCAGCCCCAACUCUGAGUGGCACCAACGAUGCUGAAGACUGCUGCCUGUCUGUGACCCAGAACCCUAUCCCAGGGUACAUCAUCAGGAACUUCCGCUACCUUCUCAUCAAGGAUGGCUGCAGGGUGCCCGCUGUGGUGUUCACCACAGUCAGGGGCCGCCAGCUCUGUGCACCCCUAGACCAGCCCUGGGUAGAACGUAUCAUCCGGAGACUGCAGAGGACCUCAGCCAAGAUGAAGCGCCGCAGCAGUUAAGUCAUGACAGCACCAGAGGGAACCUGGAGUCUGAGUGAAGCAUUGUGAAUUAUUUCCUAACCUGGGGGAACCAGGGACCAGAAGGAAGCACCAGGCCUCCAGCUCCUCUGCACCAGACCUGACCAUCCAGCGCAGGGCCUGGGGUGUGUGUGUGAAUGUGAGCAAGAGGGUGAGUGUGGUCAAAGCCACUCCACCCCCAGACUGCAAUGCCACCAAUAAAGCCACCUGGUGUUUACAACUAA